AUGCCUCCUCCCAAAGGAACUCCCAACCCUCUUGAAGGACCUGGUAAGCAAGUCCUCUUUGUGUGGUUUCAUUUUGAUGCAUGGAUUAACCUACAUAAAGGUGACUAUGACGUUACUUCGGUGGUACACUCCGAUACCUAUCCUGCCAUUGACCCAAAGAACUUCAAUUUUAAGGACAAGGUAGUUCUCGUCACUGGAGCAUCUCGAGGCUAUGGACGAGCUAUGUGUGCAGCCUUUGCACGAGCUGGUACUUCGCGUAUCGUGGUCGCUUCUAGGUCUGACAUGUCGGCAACUGCCGAGGCUAUCAAAGCUGCGGCAAAAGAAGCUGGUCACCCAGAGCCAGAAGUCCUGACCAUCAAGGCGGAUGUUGGUGUCCCCGAGAGUGUUGAUGCCUUGGCGCAAAAGAUCGACGAAGCAUUCGGUUAUGUUGAUGUCGUGAUUAACAAUGCAGCAUUCAUGAAAAUGGUGUCCAUCCCUGAUUCUGAGCCCGCAGACUGGUUGCAGACGCUCACCGCAAAUGUCUAUGGGCCGUAUCUCAUUGCUCGAGCCUUGGCCCCUCUGCUGGUCAAGUCGGAACUUAAAACUGUCAUCAACAUCAGUAGCGUCGGAGCUCACCUCGUAUCGCCGACUCUAAGCUCAUAUCAGAUUUCUAAGCUGGCGCUUAUCAGAUUGACCGAGUUUAUCUCGGUCGAGUUCGCAGACAAAGGAAUAGUCUCAUACAGCGUUCAUCCUGGAAACUCUCCUUCAGAGAUGUUGGGAGGCAUCGAGGGGAUUCCCGAGGCAUUUCGAGCAGCCUUUGUUGACACUCCUGCGCUUUGUGCAAACUCUUUGGUUUAUUUGGCAUCAGAAAAGCGACCUUGGCUGGCCGGUCGCUACAUCAAUCUCACUUGGGACCUUCCCGAACUGAUGUCGAAGGAAGAGGAGAUUGUCAAGGGUGACAAGCUCAAAGUUCGUCUUGUGACUUAG